AUGACGGACAGGAAGGAUCUCCCUAAGAUCCGCGACGAGGAGCGCGAGCGCCGCUUCGGUACAGUCUUCGGUGUCUCUGGUCCCGUCGUUGUCGCCGAGAACAUGAUCGGUUCUAGCAUGUACGAGCUCGUCCGUGUCGGUCACGACGAGCUGGUCGGAGAGAUCAUUCGAAUCGACGCUGAUAAGGUCACCAUCCAGGUUUACGAGGAGACUUCGGGUGUCUCUGUCGGCGACCCUGUGCUCAGUACCGGCAAGCCUCUCUCUGUCGAGCUCGGUCCCGGUCUCAUGGAGAACAUCUACGAUGGUAUCCAGCGUCCUCUCGAGGGCAUCAUGAAGAAGAGCGGUGGAAUUUACAUCCCCAGAGGUAUCAACACUCAGGCGCUCGACCGUCAACUCUCGUGGGACUUCACCCCUGGCCAGCUCAAGACUGGUGACCACAUCAGCGGAGGUGACAUCUUCGGCUCCGUCUACGAGAAUGCGCUGCUCAAAGACCACAAGCUCAUGCUUGGCCCACGUGCCAUGGGUACCAUCACCCACAUUGCCGAGAAGGGUUCCUACUCGGUCGACGACGUCGUGCUCGAGACCGAGUUCCAGGGCAAGAAGCAGAAGCACACCAUGCUUCAAAUUUGGCCCGUCCGUGCUCCUCGUCCCGUCGCCGAAAAGCUGACCGCCAACAACCCCCUGCUCACCGGCCAGCGUAUCCUCGACUCGCUCUUCCCCUGUAUCCAGGGUGGUACCACUGCUAUCCCCGGUGCUUUCGGAUGUGGCAAGACCGUCAUUUCCCAGGCCCUCUCCAAAUACUCGAACUCGGACAUCAUCACAUACGUCGGAUGCGGUGAGCGCGGAAACGAGAUGGCCGAAGUAUUGGCCGAGUUCCCCGAGCUGACGUUGAUGAAGGAAGGCGAGGAAUUCCCCAUUAUGAAGCGAACCACUCUGGUCGCCAACACCUCCAACAUGCCGGUAGCUGCGCGAGAGGCGUCCAUCUACACGGGCAUCACGCUCUCCGAGUACUUCCGUGACCAAGGCUACAACGUUGCCAUGAUGGCCGACUCGACCUCGCGAUGGGCCGAGGCUCUGCGUGAGAUCUCGGGUCGUCUCGCCGAGAUGCCUGCCGAUUCCGGUUACCCAGCCUACCUGGGUGCCAAGCUGGCCAGUUUCUACGAGCGUGCCGGUCGUGUCGCCUGUCUUGGUUCGCCAGAGCGUGAAGGUUCCGUCUCGAUCGUCGGUGCCGUGUCGCCUCCCGGUGGUGAUUUCUCGGACCCGGUCACGUCAGCUACGUUGGGUAUCGUGGGUGCCUUCUGGGGUCUCGACAAGAAGCUCGCACAACGCAAGCACUUCCCUUCGGUCAACUGGGAUGUGUCGUACUCGAACUACAUCAAUGCGCUCGAGCCGUACUAUGAGAAGAAUCGACCCGGCUUCAUCUCGCUGCGAACCACGGCCAAAAGCAUGCUACAGAAGGACUCGGAUCUGGCCGAAAUUGUGCAGCUGGUCGGAAAAUCGGCGCUGGGUGAGGGCGACAAGGUGACGCUCGAUGUGGCCAAGAUCAUGAAGGACGACUACCUGCAGCAGAACGGUAUCUCGGAGUACGACGCCUACUGCCCCUUCUACAAGACGUCGGGCAUGCUCAAGAACAUUGUCGACUUCCACGACCGUGCACAGGCCGCUAUCGCCAACAACCCAGACAUGACCUGGGCCAAGGUCAAGGAGCACUGCCAGGACGUCAUCUACCAGCUCACGCAGCAGAAGUUCGAGAGCCCCAAGGACGGCGAGGAGGCCAUCACCAAGAAGUUUGACAAACUCAACCAGGACAUUGCCGAGACGUUCCGCACUCUCACCGACUAG